AGGAAUUCUUUUUUUAAUGUUGCCAGUCUUAAAUCUUUUUUUUAAUUACAUUUAGAAUACCUACAGAAUAACUACUCAGCUAAGAAAUGUUUUUGGCGGCCUUGCUCGUCUCGCUCUUGGCCUUUGCUGGGCAUGCGUCGGCGGCAACAUGGUAUUUCCUUCGGUACUAUCCGGCGUCCGGACAGAAGUUCACGUCGUUCUCCGGAGACAUGACGAUCCCGGCUCUGCCGAAAGCUGGGACGUACUACUUAUGGCCGGGACUCCAGCCCACUGAUAAUAGUGGUGUAUACCAGAACGUACUUGAUGGGAGAAGUGGAACGUGGUGGAUUGGAUCGGGAUGGUGCUGUUCGAACCCUAGCCUUCCUUGGGGAAGCGGCUUUAACACCUACGCCAACGAAAAGGUCACGUUCAGCAACAAGCUAGACAGUUCGACGUGGACGUCAACUCUAACUCGGCAAUCUACGGGCCAAAAAGUGACGGACAGUUUCGCGUUAGCCGAUAAAUCGUUUAACCAAGCAUUGUUUGCUAUCGAGCUUACGGGUGUCGACUGGGACUUUGGUCCGCUUGCGUUUUCUAACGUCGUAAUUACAAGUACUGGUACCGACUCGAGCUGGUGCAACACAAAGCCUGAGAAUUACAAUGGAGCAAGCGUAUACUCCAUCAGCGGUCUGAGUGCAAGUGUGAGCGGCAAUACAGUGACCUGCAAAAUCAACUCUGUGAUUCUUCAGAAACCAGCUUAGUUGAAACUUGAUUACAUAAAGGUUGAAAUUUAGAGGAACAUUGGAAGUCUUUUCGGGUUCAAAGUGAAGGUUAUACUGGUUUUAGCUGGCUGUCAUUAAUGUCUAUGUUGGCUGUUAGUACAGCAGUUAUAAGGUCAGGUGCCUGUAUUAGAGAUAUUAUUGCGGCUAAUUAGAUAAAAUGUUUGCAAUUAUGACUUCGGUUGGAAUAGGCUUAGUUAUAGCUGAAACAUCUUUGCUGUAUAUUAAAUAGGUUCAGACAGGUAACUAACCUGACCAAUUGACAAUAAUCUCGAGUCUUUUGGCGCUUCGUUAUCAUCUAGUUAAGGAGAAUAACAAUAAGAUUUCUUAGUCUUGGGUACCUGUUAAGUUUGGGUUAAGUUUGGGUUUAACAGGUAGUUGCAUAUUCUAAUUUAAGAAACGUAAAAGUUUGAAUUUUUGACUUUAAAGUAUACCUAAG